AUGAAGUUCACUCUUUACUUCAUCGCCCUCGGUUUCGCAGGAUUUGCCCAAUCUACUUCUGUCUCUGGCUCCAGCUCUCUGCUUCCAGGAAAUGCCAAUACCGCAAGUGCAGCCUGGCUAACCCAUUUCGAUCAAUUCCGCCAGCAGCAUGAGCCCUUGAACCCCGCUCAAUCCGCCGUCGUCGAUACGGCCACAGACCUCGCGAAGCAAGGACAAAACUUCGACCCCAAGGCCAUGAACAAUCUGAAGAACGAUGCUAUCUCCGCCUUCGGAUUCAAGGACGCCAAGUCCCUUCUUGCCACCAUGGACAAUAAGCCAUUGCAGACCCGCGAUGAUGAGGAUGAGGACAUCGAGUGUGGCUGCUCCACGCAGUCUGACUGGUGUGAUUCCGGUUAUCAUUGUGCUGGAGGCGGCUGUACCCAGACCGGCUCGGGCUGUGGAACUCUCUAUAAAUACGCUUGUGAUGGGCUGUGUCGUCUUUCCUAG